UUCUUCAACACGCCAUAUUUGCUUCAGUGUGUGUUGAUAUGUGUUGGAGCAGAUGUUAGCCGACAUAUUUUAUUCCACUUUUCCCACCUUUAAAGAAAUGGUUAUACAUUUCUAGCAGUUUAUCGCUUAUUUCGCGUGUCUUGCGGAUAUUAUCAGGAAUGUACUGGCGAGGGGGAAGCAAGACGGACCAUAAUAAGGCGACUAAGGAGCAGAGCGACAGCAGCAAGUAUGCGGAGCUUCUGGUGUUCGGCUACGCCUGUAAGCUGUUCCGGGACGAUCAGAGGGCCAUCUACCACGACCAGGGCAAACACCUUAUCCCAUGGAUGGGGGAAAAGAACAUCAUGAUCGAUAGGUACGAUGGCCGCGGUCAUUUACACGAUCUUUCGGAAUAUGACGCAGGCUCGUGGAAUCACGAUUACCAGCUGUCCGAGGAGGAGGCGAGGAUAGAGGCUCUGUGUGAUGAGGAGAGGUACCUGGCCAUGCACACUGAUCUACUGGAGGAGGAGGCCAGGCAAGAGGAGGAGUAUAAAAGGCUGAGCGAAGCCUUGGCCGAUGAAGGCACCUAUAAUGCAGUGGCCUUCCGUUACAGCGCUGACUACUAUGACCCCUCCCAGCCCACUGAGGAAAAUGAGGCCAGCAAAGAAGCAGAUCAAGAGCAGCAGGAGGAAGAGAGUGAGGAGCCGUUUGUGGCACCCCCUGGCCUCCUCAUCCCUCCGGAUGUAGAGCUGCCUGCGACCACCAAGACGCAUGCUAUUAUUGAGCGCACCGCCAACUUUGUAUGCAAGCAGGGGGCCCAAUUUGAAAUUGUGCUGAAGGCAAAGCAGGCUGGGAACUCCCAGUUUGAUUUCCUGUGGUUCGACCACUACCUGAACCCUUACUACAAACAUAUUUUACGAGCUAUGAAGGAGGGCAGGUACACACCGGCAUCAGAGGGCAAACAGGACCAGCAACAAGAAUCAAAGUCAGACAAUUCUGACAAUGACGAUGAUGAUGAUGAUGGAGAUGGAAGCUACCUGCACCCGAGUUUGUUUGCAUCCAAGAAGAGCUCUCGUCUGGAGGAAAUAAUGAAGCCUCUGCAGGUCAUUGAUCCAGAUCACCCGUUGGCUGCGCUUGUUCGAAAAGCUCGACAGGAGAAUUAUGGCGCUGCAGCAAUGGCAACCAAAGCAGAGGAAGAGCAUCAGUCGUCGGCAGUAGCCACACAGGCAGAAUACACAUCUGACCCUAAUGUGGCAGCAAUGUACUAUGGGUACUGUAUGCUGCCUGAUGGAACAUACUGCCUUGCCCCGCCGCCUCCUGGGAUUGAUGCCAGCCCUUAUUACGCCUCGCUGCCCACUGGCAUGAUGCCGGCUCCUCCUGCAUCUGUUCCUCCUCCUCCCCCUGGCACUACACCUUCGUUGGAUCCUGUGGCUGCAAUCCCAUCAGCCCCUGCUGCAGGUUCAGUCACGGUGUCAGCUCCUGCGUCAGCUCCGCUCUCACUUUCUGCUCCGGCUGCCCCUCUAACUUCCAGUUCUCGACCUCCUCAAACCACCGUUGCACCCAUGGUGCCGGCGGCUGCCGCCCCUGUCGCAGCCAUCAUCCCUCCUCCUCCCGACAUCCAGCCUGUCAUUGACAAACUAGCUGAGUAUGUGGCCAGAAACGGAGUGAAAUUCGAGAGCAGCGUGCGUGCCAAGAAUGACCCGCGGUUUGACUUCCUGCAGUCCUGGCACCAGUACAACUCCUAUUAUGAGUUCAAAAAGCACUACUUCAUGCAGAAAGAAGUCCUGAGCAUGCAGGAGGGUUCGCUGCUUUACAACAGUGGGGGGGACAGCACAGCGAACUGCUCUUCUGACAAGCAGCAGAACGAGGGCAAGCUCAUUAAAGUGUCCUUUGCGCCAAUCUGCUUUGCUAUAAAAUCAAAAGAAAACGACCUUCUGCCUCUGGAGAAGAACCGUGUGCGACUGGAUGAUGACUCAGAUGAGGAUGGGAUGAAGGGGGAGGUGCAAGAGGGAGUGGAGUUGGCGAUAGGAUUGGUCGAAGCAGCCACCAGAGAGCCACCCCAACCUCAAUUGAAUGAGGAGAAGAAACCGGUACUGUCCCUGGAAGAGCUAGAGGCCAAACAAGCCAAACAGAAGCUGGAGGACCGGUUAGCAGCCGCAGCGAGAGAGAAACUGGCCCAGGCCUCCAAAGAGUCCAAAGAGAGGCAGCUUCAGGCUGAGCGCAAGAGGAAAGCCGCCCUCUUCCUGCAGACUCUGCGAGGGCCAGAGGCUGAGGUCAAGCAUACUGAGGAAACCGCUGCUGCGCCUGAGGUUUGCUGCAAACGCAGUUUCUCCUCCAGAAAGUUUGCUCCAUGGUGGCCACAGAGGGAGAACGAGAAAGGCAGAAGUGUGAGAGAGAAAGACGCCAUUAGGAAAAGCGUGAGAGAGUCUCAGUCUCGUUCCCCCAGCCGCAGAGACAGACGAGCUCGCUCUUCAGACAGAAAGCGUGAUGAGAGAGAGAAGGAGAGCUACGGCCCAAGCACCUACCGCCUUGGCAGCAACCCAGCACUGGGCAGGAAGCGUUCCAGAUCAAGUUCACCUCAUGAAAAGAAGAAAAAGAAGGGUUCAAAGUCAUCGCACCAAUUUAAGGGUUCCUCCUGUUCGCCCUCGGCAUCCCCUGACAGAGGCGGAGCCAUGGCCAGAGUCUCUGCAAGCCCCUCCCCUGCCACAAGCCCCGCCUCCAGCCUGGGGAGGUCCAGGGAUGGCUCUCAGGAGAAAGACAAGCAAGUGUCCUCCACUAUUGUCUCUUCGGUCCAAAGCAAAAUCACUCAGAGAAAUAUCAUCAAAUGA